AUGGAAACUUCCACACCAGCUCCAAACAUUGAUAUCAGAAGAAAGACGCUUUUGAAAAACACUGUGAAUGUUUCUCCUUUGAGAAGAUCCCUGGUACUUCAUGUAUCUCUAAAUAGAUCCUCGAUAUUAGAAGUGAGCAACGAUGAUAACGAAAGAAGUGAUAGAAGAAACCAACUUGAAAUCCAAAAGAGACUAUCAAAUUUACCACAAGGGAGAGCACCAUUGAACGAAUCAUUUGUUAAAGAACAGUUUAUGAUAUGUACUCAUCUCUUCACUGAAAACAAAAUCACAACAAAAAAUGCUUGGAAACUGCAAAUCAUUGAUAUGCUUAGGCCUUUAUGCCAGAAACCAAAUGAGGACACAUUACAAGUGGCUAGUACUUCUAUUGACAUCAGUGCCAAAGUUUAUGCAAUCAGAGUGGAUGAUGUUCAUUCUGAUAGUCUGAAAUUGGCCAAUAGCAUGGCUAGAGUAUCAGAACAGGUUGUACAUCCAGAUAAUGAAAAUGAAAAUGUAUCAGAUGAUGAGAAAGAAACCACAAUAAAUAAACCCAACAAAAAGAAAAAGAAGAAACGUACCAAUGUGUCUGGAACCAAGAGUACAGUGGCUGAUAGUUCCAAGGCACACACAGGUUCUAUGUCUAAACUUGAACCAAUUGACUUCACUACUAGAGUCAAUGCUGAUACAGGCACCAUUGAUAAUUUAUUUACAAAUGUUAUGAAGGAAGGCAGCAACAAUUUUGUUUUAUUGGACAAUACUAAAACAUUGUUGGAUGUAAAUGACCCAAUUGUAGGUAACAAGGAAGACUUAUCAAUUCUCGGCAAUUUAUCACAAUUCGAAGAGAAAAUCGGGAGCAUAAAUCCUCCGUUCAGUGAUUUCAAAAUUGAUGAUUGGGAUCCUGACCAAGAAGAAAAACAAUUCGGAGCUGAAAGGUCUCUAUUGACACAGACACAGCAAGUUGUUUAUGACGAUAAUGGUAUUCCCAUACCAGAACUGGAUGGAUCUAUACAUGAUAUAUUUGAAAAUAAUGAUGCAGAUGUCGACAUCGACCACGAUGACGCCGACGACGAGGACGACAUCCAGAUCGUGCAGGAGGAGAUGCCGCAGCUGCGCGCCGGCGACGUCGCCAAGAUCAUCGACUUCCGGCCGGCCAACGAGUCGGCGCACACGUCCGAGUACUCGUACAACAGCAUCGUGAACACGCGCACGGGCAAGUUCAUCGACCAGAUCUGGGCGGGGCCGCACCAUUGGAAGCUCAAGUUCAUACACAGGUCGACCGCCAGGUUUUCUGGGCAGAAAACAAUCGAGACAAUAAAAGAACAGAAACGUGGAAGGAAGAGAGGCCAACCGGAAAUGAUAGAUUUAGAGGCUGAAUUCGAAUUAGAUCUGUCUAAAAAACUGGUGAUGAAGAAGAAACCUGCUAGCGCCGACAUCAAUAAAAUAACUCUACCACUUUUGGACCAGUCGUGUGCCAAACUGAUGGCGAACAUCAAAGAACUUAUGCUGAAACCGGGCAUGUGCCCGGUCGAGAAGAGUCUUAUGACAGAGAACGAUCUGGACUACGAAGUCAGUCCGUACAAAUACGAAAAUCCCAAUGAUUCCAUGUAUUGUGCUCAAUCGCAUGAAGAUGGCGACGAUGUCAAUGACAGCAACCCAGGUUUUGAGGAUCAUUUCAGUGAAGAACAUAUCGUGAUGGAACGGCAAGCUAGAUUGGCUGACAACCUUGUAGACAAUCCAGAAAUGGUGCCGAAAUCGUAUGUUCCUUAUUCUUUGAAGGCCAAACAAAUGGAUAUGAAAAAAUUGAAAGCGGCAGUUUGGCAAGCUCUGACCAAUAAUGUUCUCAAUAUUGCCCCUGUAGAUUCGCAAAACAUACGGAGCAAAGUCAUACCAACAACAUUUUCCAAGAUGUUUAUGAGUAUACCAGACAUUCUCCAAGAAAAGGAAAAGAAAGAGUUAUCUUGCCCUUUGGCAUUUUUCGCUUUAUUACAUUUGUGUAAUGAACAAAAUCUUCACUUGACACAGAUGCCUUGCUACAAGGAUUUUCAUAUAAGAGGACCACAAUGA